AUGGCUGGGAGAUACUGUGGUGUCUCAGCUACUCCUGAACCUGCGGAUGCUGGCAAGUGUGGAACCGCAAGCCAUCAGUUGACAGGUUAUUUUGACAAACAUGUUUUCGCUAUACUGACAAGAUAUACUUUGACAGACGUCCCCAUCGCUGGCUUGUUCUUCCCUUCCUCGUCGAAGAUCUUGUUGCCUCGGGACCUCAAUCGUUUCCACUCGUUCGGCCCGAAACGGGCUCGCACAUUCGGCAUGAAACCUCGCGAGAAGUCGGAUUUGACCGGCUACUGCGGUAAGUUUCAGCUAAGCAAGGAUUGA